CCUCUCCCUCUCUCCCUUUCUUCCUGCCUCGCCUUCCUGCGGCGAAGGAGGCUCAUCCAUUAUAAAUGCACAUUCGGGGCUGACAUCAGCGCCGAGCGGCGGGCGAGCGCCGAGGAGCGGUCCCUGCGCGCUGCCCGCCCGGAGCGCGGCCCCAGGCUCGGCCGAGCCGCCGGCGGGGCGCGGGGAGCGCGCCGAGAGCUGCCGGGCCGCGAGCGCGCCAAGCCGCGCCGGACCCCUUCCCGCCGCCGCCUCGGGCCGCAGCCGCCCCCGCACGCCGCGCCCGCGCCCCCGCACCGCCGCGGAGUUUCUGCAUGACUGUCACAAAGAUGUCCUGGCGUCCGCAAUACCGAAGCUCCAAGUUCCGGAAUGUCUACGGGAAGGUGGCCAACAGGGAGCACUGCUUUGACGGGAUCCCCAUCACCAAGAAUGUGCACGACAACCACUUCUGCGCUGUCAACGCCCGCUUCCUGGCCAUUGUCACCGAGAGCGCGGGAGGCGGCUCCUUCCUCGUCAUCCCCCUGGAGCAGACAGGCAGGAUUGAGCCCAACUACCCCAAGGUCUGUGGUCACCAGGGCAACGUGCUGGACAUCAAAUGGAACCCCUUCAUCGACAACAUCAUUGCCUCAUGCUCAGAGGACACGUCGGUGCGAAUCUGGGAGAUUCCCGAGGGCGGGCUGAAGCGGAACAUGACGGAGGCGCUGCUGGAGCUGCACGGGCACAGCCGGCGCGUGGGGCUGGUGGAGUGGCACCCCACCACCAACAACAUCCUCUUCAGCGCCGGCUACGACUACAAGGUCCUCAUCUGGAACCUGGACGUGGGCGAGCCGGUGAAGAUGAUCGACUGCCACACGGACGUGAUCCUCUGCAUGUCCUUCAACACAGACGGCAGCCUCCUCACCACCACGUGCAAAGACAAGAAGCUGCGUGUGAUCGAGCCCCGCUCCGGCCGCGUCCUGCAGGAGGCAAACUGCAAAAACCACAGAGUGAAUCGGGUGGUGUUUCUGGGCAACAUGAAGCGGCUCCUCACGACGGGGGUCUCCAGGUGGAACACGAGACAGAUUGCCCUCUGGGACCAGGAGGACCUGUCCAUGCCCCUGAUCGAAGAAGAAAUCGAUGGCCUCUCUGGCCUCCUGUUCCCUUUCUACGACGCUGACACCCACAUGCUCUACCUGGCUGGGAAGGGGGACGGAAACAUCCGCUACUACGAGAUCAGCACGGAGAAGCCCUACCUGAGUUACCUCAUGGAGUUCCGCUCCCCAGCCCCGCAGAAAGGCCUAGGAGUCAUGCCCAAGCACGGGCUGGACGUGUCGGCCUGCGAGGUGUUCCGCUUCUACAAGCUGGUCACUCUCAAGGGCCUGAUCGAGCCCAUCUCCAUGAUCGUGCCCCGCAGGUCGGAUUCCUACCAGGAAGACAUUUACCCCAUGACGCCAGGCACGGAGCCAGCCCUGACCCCGGAUGAAUGGCUGGGAGGCAUCAACAGAGAUCCCGUGCUGAUGUCUUUGAAAGAAGGCUAUAAGAAGUCCUCGAAAAUGGUAUUUAAGGCUCCCAUCAAAGAGAAGAAGAGCGUCGUGGUCAACGGCAUAGAUUUAUUAGAAAAUGUCCCACCCAGGACAGAGAACGAGCUCCUCCGAAUGUUCUUCCGGCAGCAGGAUGAGAUCCGACGGUUGAAAGAGGAGCUGGCCCAGAAGGACAUCCGCAUCCGGCAGCUCCAGCUGGAAUUGAAAAACUUGCGCAACAGCCCCAAGAACUGUUAGCUCCCCAGGUGGGCUGUUUCUACGCCGAUCUCUCCGUCGCUUCUACUCCCCCCUUAACUUCCCCUUAUCCAGUGACCCCAGAGACAGAGCCGGGACUGGAGCCGGGGGGGCCAGCCUGAGGACCCCACCUACCACCUCAAGAACUGGAAGCCGACCUUGGACCUUCUGACCUCAUGCUAAUAAAAGUCCCAGGCCUCUCCUGGAGACCCCCUGCUGGCAGCCCCCUUCCCUGCCACCUUGGGAGCCAGGCUUCCCCUCAGCUGGGUGAAGACCACGUUCCCCCUGAGGGGGUGCCCUCAGUGGGCCAGGGAGCAGGGAGGGAAGCAGGAUCCCAGCUAGACUUAGAACUUGAACUUUUCCCCUGCACAGGGGCUGCCAGGACGUCUCCGCACACUCCCUACCGGAGCUCUCAGCAUCCCUGAUGGUACCACAGAGUAAGGGCUGGGUCACAGGCUGAAGUGCCCCCUUUCCCGCCUCCCACCUCCCCGGAGCCUGACUCACCUGAGGAGGGCAGCCAGCAGCCCAGCCCUUCUCCUGCCCCCCCGCCUUGUCUUCAGGGAAUUGAGAGGAUUGCUCUCCAAGGCCAUACUGACCCCUUUGCCUUCCCCAUGACUCUCCUCAAAGCUCUUGCACACCCUUUUCCCGUUUAAUUUAUGAGCCAGGCAGGGUCGGGAUUAGUGUCCCCAUUUGACACAUGACAGAACUGAGGGUUGCAAGGGGGAAGCGACUUACUAAGUCACCCAGCAGGCCAGUGGUGGACCCAGGGCCAGGACCCUGGCUGUCCAGACCCCAAGGCCAGGGCCCUUCCCACUGCAUCCAGAUGCCAAUCCCAUUGUGGGCUUCCCCAGUGCCCAAGUCUCUGUGGAGAGUGAGAACUGGAAGCCAUCGCCCCCGUCUGCCCAGCACCAGUAGUGCCCACGUGCCACACUGCCCGGCCGAGGCCCCUCCCGCCAGUGCCCCCAGGUCUUCCCGGCCCUGUGCCCUCGACUCUCACCCCCCGGGGACUCCAUCUGAGAUGAGGCCUCUUCCUCCCGGAGGCUGAGGCCGAGGAGGGUGGAGCUCGGCCGGGGAAGGCAGAGCGGGGUCGGACGGCUGCUGGGGUGCUCCGCGUGUCUCGCCGCCGCCCGCUCAGCCACGUUCAGCCUUACGCACGUAGAAUGACCACAGCCACUCGCAUCAGCAUAGCACUUUAAGGUUUACACAGUUCUUUGACACACAGGAUCUCGUUGAGCCUCACACCUACCCCAUUUUGCAGAUGAGGAAACAGAGAAGUGGCCCGAGGUCACACAACUCUGCGAUGCCACAUUUCAUUUGGUCUUCUGUACAUUUUCUUUUGUUCCUUCUUUCUCCUUUCAUUCCCCACUGCCCACACAGAGUUCGUAAACACUGUUCUCAGAAAAGCCACAGUUCGGGGGUGAGAUCUGGGAUCAAGAAAUGAGGUGUCCACUCCUCCCUCUCACUAGCUAGGAUCUACUAGACGCAUUACACCCCACACUCGCUUCCCCCCCGUGGCCACCCUAUAGAACAUCCCACCCGCAAAGGCUAGGCCCACCCAAGCCCCUCUGGGUGAGCUGGACGGGGGAAGCCUCCCACCCCUCGGGCCUUUGCUCUCAGAACCUUCCAUCCUCCCAGCCAGCAAGAGCAGGGCCACCUCACCUCCACCCCUGCAGCUAGACAGUGUCAGCUCUCAUCUCCUCCUCCCCACAUUUCCAGAGCUUUUUUUUUUUCUUCCCCAUUGACCUUUGUGGUCUUCUGUGAUUAUUUAUGCUGCCUCCCAAGGAUAGAAUUGAAAUAAAAUGUUUUCAACUUA